CGAAGUGUGCAUUUCGGCAGCGCUUUCGCCACAAUGCGUGCGAUCGCGCUUUGGGUCGACAAAGUUCACGACAGGGAAAAUAACGAACAGUGCAUCUACGACUUGUCCUUCAAGCCGGACGGCAGCCAGCUGAUCGUCGCCGCCGGAACGCGGGUGCUGGUGUACGACACGUCAGAUGGUGCGCUGAUUCAGCCGCUGAAGGGCCACAAGGAUGCUGUGUACUGUGUCUCGUACGCCAAGGACGGCAAGCGCUUUGCGUCUGGCGGGGCCGACAAGCAGGUCAUCAUCUGGACGGCCAAGCUCGAGGGAAUCCUGAAAUACUCUCACCACGACUCGAUUCAGUGCCUGUCUUACAACCCGGUGACUCACAUCCUGGUGAGCUGUUCCUGUUCCGACUUUGGCCUCUGGUCGUCGGAGCAAAAGUCGGUUUCGAAGCACCGCACCAGCGGCCGAGUAACAAGUUCGAGCUGGAAUCCCGACGGACAGUACUUGGCGCUGGGACUGGCGUGCGGUAGCGUCACCAUACGUGGAAGGUCUGGCGAAGAGAUAGUCCGGAUAGACCGGCCUGGAGGCGUGAUGGCAUCUGUCUGGGGGGUCUGCUGGAGUCCCACACGCGAUGAGGGCGGGUCCGACGUGCUGGCCGUGGCGGACUGGGGCCAGUCGCUGAGCUUCUACAACGUGGCGGGCAAGCCAGCCGGCCGGGAGCGGGCCCUGGGCUUCGACCCCACGUUCGCCAGCUUCUUCCCCGGCGGGGACUACCUGGCGGUGGGGGGCUCCUGCCGGGAGGCACGGGUGUACACCCGGGAGGGCGUCUGCGUGGGUCCCGUGGCCCGCCACAACUCCUGGGUCUGGUGCUGCCGGGCACGCCCGGACUCCAGCCACCUGGCGGUCGGCUGCCAGGACGGCACGAUCGCCUACUACGAGCUAGGCUUCUCCACGGUGCACAGCCUCUACCGGGAACGGUACGCCUACCGAGAGAACAUGGCCGACGUCAUCAUCCAGCAUCUCGUUACCGACGAGAAAGUGAGAAUCAAGUGCCGGGACCUCGUGAAAAAGUUGGCCAUCUACAAGCACAGACUUGCCGUUCAGCUGCCUGAGCGCAUCAUGGUGUACGAGCUGACUGCAGAGUCCCCCGAGCCCAACGACAUGCACUACCGGCUACGGGACAAGAUUAACCGCAAGGUGGACUGCACCCUGCUCGUCGUCUGCUCGCAGCACCUGGUGCUGUGCCAGGAGAAGCGCCUGCAGUGCCUGCUGCUGCGUGGCGGGGUGCGUGAACGAGAGUGGCUCCUGUCGUCUUCCAUCCGCUACAUCCGCGCCCUUGGGGGUCCCCCUGGCCGUGAGGGCCUCCUCGUGGGUCUUAGGGAUGGACAGGUGCUGCAGCUGCUGCUGGACAACCCAUUCCCGCUGGCGCUGCUGAAGGUGGGUAGCCCCGUGCGCUGCCUGGACCUGAGCGUGGACCGCAAGCGCCUGGCCGUGGUGGACGAGAAAGGCACCUGCCUCGUGUACCACCUCACCUCUAAGCAGCUCCUCUUUCAGGAGCCCAAUGCCAACAGCGUGGCCUGGAACACGGAAAACGCCAACAUUCUCUGCUUCACCGGCAAUGGCACGCUGUCGGUCAAGGCUGCCGACUUCCCUGUUCUGAGGCAGAGGUUGGAGGGAUUUGUGGUUGGAUUCAGCGGCUCCAAGGUGUUCUGCCUGCAGCACAACACGGUGGCUACCGUCGAGGUGCCGCUGUCUCCUUGCCUGUACCAGUACCUGGAGAAGAACAUGUUCAAGGAGGCUCUAGAGGUGGCCUGCCUCGGCGUACCUGAAGAGGACUGGCGUUCGCUGGCUCGUGCCGCCUUGGAGGCUCUUGACUUGCCCAUUGCCAAGCGAGCCGCGGUCCGGCUGGGGGACCCGGCACUUCUGCGUCUCCUUCGCUCCCUCCAGGAACAAGAGGCAAGGGGAGAGAAGAAAGAGGCCCUGCGGGCAGACAUCCUGGCUUUUCAGGGACGCUUUACCGAGGCGGCCAAGCUCUACUGCAAGGCCGGGCGCAACUCAAAGGCCGUCGGCAUGUACACGGAUCUUCGCAUGUUUGACCUGGCCCAGGAAUACCUUGGCUCAGACGACACCCUAGACACGCGGCAGCUGAUGCUGAAGAAGGCCGAGUGGGCGCGCAGCGUCAAUGACCCCCGGGCAGCUGCCGAGUUCUACCUGCUGGCCGGAGAGUCUCUCAAGGCGGUGGACAUCGCCGGGCGCCUGGGAUGGGUCGACGUGCUGGUGGACUUGUCCCAGAAACUGGACAAGCGCGAAAAGGCGGCCCUCUCGCUGUGCGCCCAGCUACUCAUCGAAAAGGGAGAACUCUCGGCGGCGGCCGACGUCUUUCGCCGGUCUGGAGACAGCGAGGGAUUGGUCAACCUGUACGUCGAGGCCGGUCAAUGGGACGAGGCAUUUGCAGCAGUCGGGCAACAACCCGAGCUAAAGGCCAAGAUUUGCGCCAACUACGCCAACUGGCUUGCAGAAAACGACCGCUUCGUGGAUGCCCAGAAAGCGUUCUACGACGCCGGGCUGCAAGACGAGGCAUUGCGCGUCUUGGAGCGCCUGACGCAGUAUGCGGUGGACGAGUGCCGCUUCCGAGACGCGAGUUAUUACUAUUGGCUCCUCGCCAAGCAGAUUGUCGAAUCCUCAGGUGCAGUCGAUGACGCUGUCACCCGGGAACCGCUUCUGAGGCGCUACAGUGAGCUGUUGAACCUCGCCGACAUCUACUACGUCUAUCACAACGUUCACCGCUACAUUGAGGAGCCCUUCACCGCGUUCCUGCCCGAAGCGCUCUUCAACAUGUCGCGCUACCUCCUCCACGAGCUGACGGGACGUUCCGUACGGGGCGUCUCUCUUGUCGGCGUCCUCUAUGCACUCUCCAAGCAGAGCCGCAACCUGGGGGCCCACCGCCUGGCCCGUCACUGCUACGAGCGGCUUCAGGGCCUCAACGUUCCGGUGCGGUUUCGCGAAGCACUGGAUCUGGCCGCGCUCACGGUUCGCUCUAAGCCCUUCAGCGAUGCACAGGACCUCUUGCCUUUGUGCUAUCGGUGCUCCACAACAAACCCACUAGUCAACCCACGGGGUCACUUCUGCGUCAACUGCGGCCAGCCGUUCAUUCACUCCUUUGUCGCUUUUGAGGUGCUCCCCCUGGUGGAGUUCCAGUUGGCAGACGGCAUUUCGGACAAGGAGGCCCUCGAACUGCUCGAGGGCGGAGGAGGGGGGAGGGUGCAGCAGAGAGACGGGAGGGACUCGCACCAUCGGGAGAUCAUCAAUGGAUAUGACUCCAUGCGCAUUGAUCAUUCUUCGAAGGACGACGAUCCCUUUGCGUUCCAGCUCUCAAAUAUGGAGGAAAGCGAAGACGGCUCGGUGAUGCCGGACGCAUCCCCCGUCAUCCUGAACCGCGACGCGCUGGCGUUGCUGAGUCCCCGCGACGUGGUCGUCUGCCCCCGGUCUCCACCCCUGCGAUGGCGCUUCUACCGCAACGUGGUGCCAGACGUCGUUGUGGUGCAGUGUGAUGGCUGUGCCAAGGUGUUUCACAGCGACGACUAUGAGAUGCAGACGCUCCAGACGGGGUCCUGUCCCUUCUGCAGGACCAAGCUGGACGAGAUCUCCUAGCAGUCCUGGGCAGGCCCCGUCAUGCUGUCAGGGAGACAAAAGCUGCAUAAAGUGUCAGCCAACAUGGUUUCGGGCUACACCUGGACUGGA